AUGCGGCUGCUCGUGUACGUUGCGGCGUUGAGCCACUACGGCGCGCUGGCGUCGGUGGCCCUCUCGUGCGACGCUGGCUACGGCGUCGACACGACCACGUCGAGCUGCGUCCAAUGCAUUCAAGGCCUCUACGGUGCGGGUGGCAACGCGACGUGCGAGCCAGUGCAGUGUGCACCGGGGUUCGCGGCGCUCGCUGGUGCGGUCAACGCCACCGACUGCGCCGUGUGUCCAUCCGGCUACUUUAGCAGCGGCGGACAGUCCAUCUGCAACCCGGCCACGUGCCCGCCAGGGUUUGGCAUGGUCGCUGGCUCCAACGACCCAACCGACUGUUUGGCAUGCGGCGCUGGCAUGUACAGUCUCGGUGCAAGUAUGUCGUGCUCGGCCAUGGCCUGCGCACCGGCCACCGCGUCGUCCAUUGUGAAAGCCUCCGACCCAACGGCCACGUGUACAGCCUGUGCGCUCGGGCAGUUUUCGACGGGCAAUGCAUCGCAAUGCAGCGAUAUGACGUGUGCGCCUGGCACCACCGGCGUUGCCAACGCGACGGCCAGCGAUCAGUGCGUCACGUGUCCGGACGGCCACAUCUCGCAGGGUGGAGCCGCAGCCUGUGUGGCUUGUAAACGGGGCUUCUACGCUGCCGCUGGCGAUACACGCUGCCAACCUGCCACGUGCCUUCCUGGCUGGGCAGCUGAUGACAAGGCGGCGUCCGCAACGGAAUGCACGGGGUGCCCCAUCGGCACCUACUCCACUGGCGGGGCCGGCGUGUGCACCCCGGCGGCUUGCACUCCCGGUACGUUUGCACCCGAAGGCGCGACGUCGCCGACGUCACAGUGCGAGCUGUGCCCGCUUGGGACGUACUCACGCGGCGGUGAGGCGCAUUGCAAGCCAACGGCGUGUCCCCAAGGCUCGGGUGCACUUCUCGGCGCGUCGGACGUCAUUGCCAACUGCUCGAUCUGUGCACCAGGAACGUUUAGCAUCGGCUUCAACCACCCAUGCAUGCCGACAUCGUGCCCACCAGGGACCGCGUCGUCGGUUGCCGGCGCGCACCUCUCCCAAGGCAUGUGCGAAGCGUGUGCGCACGGCUUCUUCAGCGCGGGCGGUGGCCACCAAUGCGCUUCUGGGCUCUGUCUACCCGGCUCGGCACUGCCGAUUGGUGCCACUGAUGGUGUGACCGACUGCAAGGUGUGCCCCCAAGGCACGUUUGGCCGCGGCAACAGCAGUGUGUGCCUGCCGACAACGUGUGCUCCCGGCCAAGCGGCGCCAGCCGCCGCCUCGGAUCCCGUCGCGCAAUGCAGUACGUGUCGCGCUGGCUGGUUUAGUGCCGGAGGAUCUGCCGACUGCGCGCCGUGCAGUUGCGCGCCAGGCACGGCUGCGUCACCGGGCGCGACGACCGCCACCGAUCAAUGUGUUGCGUGCGAACCUGGCCUCUACAGCAACGGCUCGACGGGUGCUUGCACCGAUAUGCGCUGCGAGCCAGGAUCAGCGUCCAACACGACGGGCGCCUCGGACAUCGACGCGACGUGCUCGUUGUGCGGCAACGGAACUUACAGCGUGGGUGGAUCGCGCCAAUGCAUGCCGACGUCGUGUGCGCCCGGAAGCUGGGCCGCCGCGGGCGCAACCGACGCCGUUGGCAACUGCACCCUGUGCCCCCCAGGUUACUUUUGCUCCGGUGGCGCAGCGCCGGCGCUACCGACAACGUGUGCCCCGGGCACGGCAUCGGCCGCGAACGCGACAGACCCCGUGCUCCAGUGCAGCGCAUGUCCACAGGGCACGUACAGCGUCGGUGGUUCAACCGCAUGUCGCCCGACGCAGUGCCCACCAGGAACGUCAUCGCCUUCUGGCGCCUCAGACUCGGUCGCCAACUGCACGUCGUGCGCUGCCGGGAGCUAUUCCGUGGGAGGCACGAGCCCUUGCGUGGGUCCAACGACGUGUGCCCCGGGGUUUGCUUCUCAAAUUGGCGCCGCCUCGGUCAAUGGCUCCUGCACCAAGUGUAUCGCUGGCACGUACGGCGUCGGUGGCAAUACCACGUGUGCAGUGACCGCGUGCAACCCGGGGUACGGGUCCCCACCCGGUGCGUCGUCCCCGUCCGAGCAGUGCUACGAGUGCAAGAAGGGGUACUUCUCGCCUGGCGCCGGGUACGACUGCGCGCCCAUGACCUGCCCCCGGGGCACCGGCGCGACCCAAGAGGGUGCGGUAGAUCCAGACUCCACCUGUGGCGUGUGCGAAGCCGGCUAUUUCUCGCCCGGCGGUGCCACGCUCUGCGCCAAGACGGCAUGUGCCCCCGGCUACAGCUCGCCCACGGGCGCUGACGUGGUCGACGGACAGUGCUUUCCGUGUGCCGCGGGCCUUGUCUCUGUCGGCGGCGCUACGCAGUGCACGGCGGCCGCGUGCGAAGUGGGCGACUCGACACCGCCGGCGUCGGCGUCCAAUGCCAACUGUACCUUGUGUGCCCCGGGGUUCUUCUCGAACGGCGGGUCGACGAAAUGCAUUCCGUGCGCGUGCGACGCCAAUACGCAAUGCGCCGGCGGCGCGUCCUCGUCUUGCGAGCCUUGUGCCCCGGGGCAAACGAGUGCGGGUGGCGCGGACCAGUGUCGGUCGCCCAACACGUGGCUCAACUACGUUGACGUCAAGCUCCACCUCGGUGGGUAUGCCUUGGCGUAUAUGAGUGCCUACCAGCUCACAGCGCUCACAACGACUUUGAGCUCUCACUGGAAUGCGUCGGUCGUGCUUCUUGGUCUCUCGAGCGAGUCACCGCAGACCGCAGGCCUCGAGCUGCAAUUGGCCGCCAUGGGCGAUCACAACAGCGAUCUCUACACGCUAAUUGCUACCAACAGCACUGAUGCCCCGCUGCUGACGUCGCUGCAAGCCUCGGCAGCGCUACAUAGCGUCACCAGCGUCGGUGCCGUCCAAACCACCGAGUUUGCCAACGGCGUCGUCGUUGUCCACGAACAAGAUGCCGGCGCCGCCAGCGGCCGUACCAUGAGCACCACUGCGAUCGCGCUCAUUGUGGCAGCGGCGGUCGCCGUUAUGGCGCUCAUCGCGUUCGCUGCGCAUCGACUAGGUCGCGCCCGCAAGAGUGAGCACGCGACCGAAUCCCGGCGGCCGCCAAGACAGCCCUUCCGGCUCAGCCCGACCAAAGCCAGAGCCGCGCACACCGAGUUCAAGACGCCCAUGUACCAGCAGCGCCCGCUCGUGUAAGCGUCGCGUCUUGCGCCGCAUACGAUGCAGGAUUUCUGUUUGACUAGCAUUUCAUACUCCAUGCAUUCCAUUAUGUACUCUAGC